AUCAAGUCGGCAACCUGCAACAACAAGUUGGACAACACUUUCACCUUCCUGCGUGGCAACACAACACAACACAACACAACAACAACAACAACACAGCCGCUGGACGUCUUUUCAUUCAUUUUGUGCUCUAAUGGAGGCGUUUGCCUUCUGUUGUUGGCUAUGAGGAGGACUCUGCCAACGGAGGUUUGCCCACUUUUUGUUGUCGACUGAAGGUCUUCAACGGUCGCAUUUUGGUGUGUUGUUGUUGUUGUUGUUGUUGUUUUUCCCCUCCAUAUUUGCCGAAAGGGACUUAAACAUGUCGAGGAGCGCGGAGGAGGUGAACAAGCUGACUGAAAGUACAUACAAGAAUGUGAUGGAGCAGUUCAACCCGGGUCUGAGGAACCUGGUCAACCUGGGAAAGAACUACGAGAAAUCUGUGGCAGCAAUGACCUUGGCAGGAAGAUUGUACUUCGAUGCCAUGGCGAAAAUUGGGGAGAGUGCCGUGGUGUCUCCCGUGUCCAGAGAAUUAGGGACGGUGCUGAUUGGAAUCUCGGAAGUCCACCGGCAAGUUUUUUGGGAGUGGGAGGACAAUUUUAAGAGCUUCCACGGGGAGAUCGUAACAGAGCUGGAGAGAAAGACGGACAUGGAUGUGAAGUACAUGACGGCCACGUUUAAAAGGUACCAGAUGGAGCACAAGGUGAAGCAGGACUCUGUGGAGAAAUCGCAGGCGGACCUGAAGAGGCUGAGGAGGAAGAGCCAGGGCAAGAACGCCGGCAAGUACGAGAACAAAGAGAGCGAGUGCGUGGAGACGCUGACCGGCCGGCAAAUGGACAUGCGGCUGUUCGUCGCCGACGGCUGCAGAGAGGCGCUGCUGGAGGAGAAGAGACGCUUCUGCUUCCUGGUGGACAAGCACUGCCUGUUUUCCUACCAGAUGGCCUCGCUUCACGACAAGGCAAGAGACAUCCUGAUGGCGAAGCUGAGCGGCUGGCAGGAGCGGUGCGACGCCGCCGCCGACAUGCCCGAGAGCGUCGUGACCAUGAUAGAGGGACUGCGCGCGCCCGUCUCCGUAACGCCGCUGCCCUCGCCCAGCCCCUCGCGGCACAGUUUGAACGUCUCGGCUCCGCCCGCUCCGUCUCAGAAGGCUCACGUCAGCCCGCUGGUGAACAUGUUCUCUCCGGACGACAAAAGCGCCAGCCGGGCCGCGGCGAGCUGCAACGACGCAGAGCCCGAGAGCAACGGGGAGAACAACCUGGCCGGGUCCGUGUCGGCGGCCGCGGGCCUCGACAACGCGGUGAAACGGCCGCGAGUUCGCACCGUCUUCCCUCACACGGGCGGCAACGACAAAACCCUGCUCGGCUUCGACGAGGGCGACGUCAUCGUCCUGCUCAUCCCGGAAGAGAAGGACGGCUGGAUGUACGGCGAAAUGGAGAAGAACGGAAAACGAGCCGGACCAACGGCAUCUCCAGACCGACGCCCGCCUACCUGGCGGGCGGCAACCCGUUUUCCACCGUGCGACUCCGUCCGACCGUCACCGACGACCGCUCGGCCCCGGUCGUCUGAUCUUCUGGUAUUUCCGAGUACUUCGGGAGCUUUCGCGGGACCGGAAAUCUUCGACGAACGGCCACGUCGCCACGGCGACGACGUGCACGCGAGGACCUGUGAAAAAAACUCUGCUAAUGUUGUUGCUCAUUUUUCACAUGACACUUGCGAGGAUGUUUUUGGGGGUUUGUUUUAUUUUUGCCGUCGCCACGGAGACGCUCACGGCGCCUUCAGGCUGGGCCCGACUCGUAUGCGUGUCGCACUAGUAGCCUCCGUAUCAAGGAUACGCAGCUUAAAGCCUGCAUGCUAGUUGUCCUAACUAGUAAAACAGUUCUUCGUACUAGUAGAACAACUGGUACUUAAUCGUAACGUUUUUUUUCUACUACAAGUACCACUUGUGGCCACAAGUAUGCAAUUAAACAUUAAUCGUAAACUACUGUGCUGCACUAGUAUCACUACUAGGCCCAAUGUGUUUUUUGUUUUGUUUCCAUGUUCAAAAUACACUUUCAAACCAAACUAGUAGGCAUGUAUCUCACACUAGUAGCCUCCUGGACCUUACUAGUAGGUGCAAAAUGCCCACUCGUCGUCUUGCCUCACUAGUUACCUGUAGCUGUCCUACUAGUCUGCCAACGUUAGCGUGAAGACAUGUCAUACAGUAGUCAUUAGUAAGACACAGGCAUUCUACUAGUGAGAUGAAUUGUCUUACUAGUAAGGACAAAGAGUGUACUAGUACAUGGGCCUUGAGCUGGAUAUCAAGGAUAUUGCAAAAUGCGCAAAUGGCUUUCCAGAAAAAGUGAUUGAAAUUACUGUUGUUGUUUUUUUACACUUGUUUUAAGUCGUCAUUGUUAAAAAAAAAGUAGCGCAAUGAUUUAAUGGGGAGGAAGUUUAGGAAAGUUGUAAUUUCACUAGAAAGUUGUCAUUUUCCCCAGAAUAAAGUUUCAAUUUGACAAGAUUUAAGUUUUAAUUCUACAAGAAUAAAGAUUUUAACCAGCACCAAAAGGUCAGUGCUACAAGGAAAAGUGUUUUU